UAUUCUGCUUUGAUUUAAAUUACUGACAGCCACAAUAGCCACAACAAAAAUUACAAAAUUGUCUUUGGUUGGUUGAGUUUGCGAACAACAACGAACCGAAAGGGGAAUUUGAAUUCUUUCUAUUAAAUUGACUAACUAGAACAAAAAUCGCAUUUAGUACAUAAUAUAGGUAAUUUCUUAGAACCGAGGAAGAGAAACAUUUCCAAAUAUAAUAAAGACUUUUAAGAAAAAAUGGAUGACGAAAUUCCCCAAUCAUUUAAAGUUCAAUGGGUUUACACCACACUAAGAUACUUGAAGGAUGACACCCAAAUGAUUAUGGAGUACCCAGAAAUGCCAGUAAACCAUAUGGAGUAUUUGCACAAUCUGAUAUGGCAACGCAAACACGAAGUUGGGUUGGGAGUUAGGUCGAUGUAUGCGCCUGUUUGGGAAACGAUGCGGAUUUUCAGCUCGAAAUAUCGAUAUAAGGUUUUUGUUAACAAAUCUGCGGAUGGUACAAAGGGGUAUUUAGUGAUAGAAAAAAUCCCAAAGAAAGAAAAUCAAGAACCAGAUACACAAGAGAAUUUAGAACGGGCUAAUGAAAUUCCAGAUUGCCAAAGCAGCGAUAGUGAAUCGGAAUCCAGUCAAUCCCAACUGGAAUCCAGCCAAUCCCAACUGGAAUCCAGCCAAUCCCACCUGGAAUCCAACCAAUCCCAACCGGAAUCACCGGUACACUAUCCAGUAGGCACACAACCCAAAAAAACAAAUACUAUAGCCAUAAGAAAGAAAACCAAAAGUGAAAAAUUUUUGAUAAGCAAGCAUAAGAUCAUUGAAUCUAUAUCUCCUGUAUUGUUAAGGAAGACUUUGCAGCACAUUUUGGAUUUUCUGCUAAAGAAAGAAGAAGCAAGUAUCAUAUUUUCGGAUUUAGCACCUGUCGAGGCAAAAUUUUUGGAGAAUUUUUUAGGUAUCUUCAACAAGCGUAUAUCUUUCCGGGACAUACUGUCUCCAGCUUGCAAUGAGCUGCUGGACAAAAUGUGUGAAUUCUUCAAAGAGUUUGACAAGGCAUGCAAGCUGGAGGUCUACGCUGCCAAAUAUAAUGUUCACACUAAAAAAAGAGAGGUGACAUUCAUGAAAGUACCAAGAUAUACAAGAAGUAAUGCGAACGAAUCGCAAGAAAACAUUGUGACACCCCAAGUCAACAUUGAAAAUAUUCCAAGUGUAGCUCCAUUUAGUAAAGAAAAUAUUCCGAAACCUAUAUCAAGUCAAACUUCAGUAAAUAGUAAUUCAAAUAUUAUCACAAUAUCCAACGAGAAUACUACGAAAGGCGAUAUAGAGAAAAAAAAAGAAAUAAAAUUGUCUAUGGAUGCAGAAAAUGGAGAAGGAACAUCGUCUAUAAAUGCAACAAAUAUAGAAGGGAAACUGUCUAUGUUGAAAGAAAAUGUAAAAGAAAAAUUGUCUGCAAAUUCAGACACUGAAGACAAUUUUGCAAAAAAUUUACAAAUCACAGACAAACUUGUAGUCUUGAAUAAAGAUCUUUUGAAGCAUGAAAUAGAAGAAAUUGCUUUGCCGAAAAAUGGAGCAAAGAUAAUACCAGCAGUGAAAAAAAUUGACAAACCGACCAUAAGCAAAAUUCGAGCAAGGUCUCUAGGUCCUACAGAUAGGUCUGUAGGUCCUACAAAUAGGUCCCUAGGUCCGAGGAAAGAUAGACUUUUGGUAGCCAUGUCCACUCCACUGGAAAGCGACAAGGCUAUGAGAAUGAUGCGCUUGAUGGGGUGGCAGGGCGGAGCCCUAGGGCCGCGGGGCGAUGGCAUCGUCGAGCCUAUCAUACCGGCACUCGAUAUUGUACGCGGCAAAGGGUUUGGUCACGUGGUGAAAGAAAAACCAAAAUCCACAAAACCUGUCAAACCUGUCAAAAAAUCAAAAGUUGAAGAGAAAUCGAAACCUGUCAAAACCUCUCAAACUGAAGACAGACUGAAACCUGUCCAAACCUGUCAAACUGAAGAAAAGCUGAACCCUGUCGACACUCCUCAAACUGAAGAAAGACUGAAACCUGUCAAAACUUCUCAAACUGAAGAAAAACUGAAACCUGUCAAAACCCUUGAAGAAAGAUUGAAACCUUUCAAAACCUCUCCAACCGAAGAAAAAUUGAAACCUGUCACCUCACAAAUCAAAGAGGAGCCCCCAAAACCUGUCAAACUUAACCGUCGAGUCUUGGAUAGGAUGGAGUUCCUCCAUAAAAUACUGGAUCUGAUCAGCAAAGACAGAGCAAGGCGGGAGCAAGCUGUCACUUAUCCAGUGAAGUUGUGCCAAAGACAAAAAAUAUGUUACGACAACAUCAUAUGCGUUCUGAAUAAAAGGAAACAUACUAGUAUCACCCUGACAGAGCAUGAGAAUGAAAUCCUGAAGGAAAUCGCGUCAGUUAUGGACACGGAACCCCACUUGACCUUAGAUAUGAUGGUUUCUUCAGAUCAGAGGGAACUAACAAUAACAAAAAAAAUAGACUUCGUAGUAAAUACAACCGACAGAAUGAGAUGGCCAACACUUUCGAAAGAGACGCAAGAUUUGCAAGAAAAUGUCAAUCUCGAAAAAAAAAUGACAAAAAGUGAAUUCGAAAUUCACAUUUGCUCAACAGUAUUGGAGUUUUUGAUAAGUGAAGAUUCCGAAAGGUGGAUCGAUUUUGAUGCGGCUUUGACGGAAAAGUGCUGUGAUGUUGUGGAGACGAUUUGCUCUUGUGUUAAUAAUAAAGUUGCAAUUCCUUAUAAGCCGGUAAAAGAAUUGUCGGAUAAAAUAUUACAAGUCAAUAAUGCAUGCUUUUUGGAUGUGCAGUUCUACGCUAAGCCAACCAGGUCAAUCCUCCUGCGCAAGUUGAACUGCCGGAAACCUGCUAUCAACACUGAAGUAAUAAAAAAUAUUAUAAAAAGAUGUAUUGAUACUACAGUACCAAAUGCAGAUGAUGCAAAUAACCAAAGAAAACCAGAAACUAUCAAAGCUAGUAAUAAAGAAGCUAAUAAACAAAAUACAGACGCUGAUAUAAAUACAAAUAAAGCUACAGCCAAUAAUACAGAUAAUACAGAUAAAAUACGUGAACGUUUGAUAAUUACUAAUGAUAUAAGUAAACCAGACAGCACAGCUUCACAUCCAUCUAUUGAUUCAAUACACUACUCUGCAGUUGAUGAUAAAGUAAUACAAGAAAACAUGCGAAAAAGAAAUGUAAGAAAUGAAUGUAAUGGUACAAAACUUAAUAACUCUACAGUCAACAGUAGUGAAGAUAUAAUGGCAAAAGCUAGUGAGAAAUUCAAAUGGUUUCCCUUGUACGCUAAAGAUAUGAAUACAGGUGAUAAUAAUGAUUUUAGAAGAAUCGAUAUCGAUUUGAUACAAGUAACGAUCAACUUGUUAACUUACAAUAAUAAUAAUAAUAACACAGAUACAAUUCCCAACGAUCAUGAAAAUAACGAUUUUAAUAUAAAUGACAACUCAAAAUAUAUUGAGUCGUCAAAAUUAAAUGAUAAACUAGAUAUUCCUUGUAAAAUAACUGAUAAUAUGAGAAAAUGGUAUGACCGUAGUGAAAAGUUCUUAAUAUGUGACGACAUAACAACAUUAGUGGAAAUUAAAAAUUCUAGUUACAACAACGAUCAAGUAACAAAUGUUGAGAUCAAUAAAAGCAUUGGAGUAAAAGUGAUUCAUGCUGAAUUAAAUAUAAGUACAACUACAGAUAAAACUAAAAAUUGUUGUAAAGCUGAUACAAAUGAUUCGAUUGAAUCAGAAAUAUUGAAUGAAGACGUUGAAAAACAAUCCCAAUUCGAUGAAAAACAAAUAGAAAAUGUUAGUCAAAAUUUAAAACUUAUCGAUGAAUAUGAAGUUAGCGAUGGUAUAAGAGGUAGUACAGAUGAUGUAGAAUCAAAAGAAUCGCAUCAAACCGGAGACAAAUCUUCCCAAUCAGACACUAUACAAGUUAAAGCAAAUAACAGUGAAGAUUUGAAAUCCAAAUAUGUUCCUGACGUUUGCAGUGAUAGUCAAAAUAGUGAUGUUAUAAUUGUAUCAGAAUCGCACCAAGAAGUUAAAAACCAUUCAAAAAUAGAAAUGAUUCAACUAGAAUCAAUCAAAGUUGAUAAGCAAGCCUUCGAAGCUUUUAAUGAUAUAAAAGCCACUAUAAAUGAGAUUGAAUCAGAAAUAUCGAACCAAAUCAAAACGCAUACCAAAUCAGACAUAAUACUAAUAGAUGGAAAUAGCAGUGAAAAUUUGAAUGCUACAAGUUUAAAUGAAGUUCUUACUAAUACUAAAGAUAGUAAAACUGAAAUCGGAUCAAAAGAAUCGCAUCCGGUUGAUAGAAAACAUUCUGAAUUAGAUAUAGUAGAAAUAGAGAAAGAAGAAUUAAGUGACUACGGGUCAGAAGAAUCGUUUGAUACCGACGAAAUUAUGCAAGUAAUAAGACAGAAUGAAGACUGUUUGAGUGACUGCGAGACAGAUAACUCUUCUGAAACGCUUCAGACUGAUGAAGCGAAUUCCAACUUAGAUAUAAUCCAAGUGGACUCAAAUUAUGAAGAGGAUUCAACACUUAAAAGUAAAAAUGAGCCAAAAGAGUCUCUUCAUAACGAGGAAACACAUUCCAUGAAAGAAAAGAAUGAAAUGGAAGCAAAUAACAUCAAAGAUAUAAAACGCACAAACGAAUUCGAAAGAGAUGAAACUAGAAAAGAACUCAAAGAAGUAGAAAUUGAAACAAAAUUGGAAAUGUCAAUAAUAAAGACUAAUUGUAAUGAAAAUUUGAGUCGUAAACGUAAAUAUGAGGCAACAGAAUUAGAUGAAUCCUAUGAAGCAGUUGAAGUGAAACAUAAAUUCUGUAUAACUUCAAUAAAUGAUGACAAUAUAGAAGAUUUAAGACUUAUAAGUCGCACAGUAGAUUCAGAAGACUCUGAGAAAACCAAGGAAAUUAAUUCUAAAUUAGACAUAAUCCAUACAGGAACAGAUAGUAAAGAAAAUUCAACACUUGAAAGGGAAUUUGGACUGGAAUUACCAGAAGAAUCUCACAAAAUAGAUGAAACUAGUUCUAAAUCAGACGGAUUACGAGUAAGUGAAAACUAUGAAGAAAUUGCGACACUUGAAAGUGAAUUUAAAAUAGGUUUACCAGAAGAAUCUCACAAAAUAGAUGAAAUAAUAAUAGAUGCUAAUUCAAAAUUAGGAGCAGGUUAUAAAGAAAAUUUACCACUUGAAAAUGAAUUUAAAGUAGAAUUAUUAGAAGAAUCUGACAAAAUAGAUGAAACUGAUUCUAAAUCAGACGAAUUACGAGUAGAAGAAAAUUAUGAAGAAAUUCCGACACUUGAAAGUGAAUUUAAAAUAGGGUUACUAGAAGAAUCGCAUUUAAUAGAUGAAAUUAAUUCUAAAUUAGCCGUUAUUCAAGUAGGGAUGGACUAUACCGAAAAUUCAAGACUUAAAAGUGAAUUUGAAGAAGAAUUAUUACAAGAAUCUCAUAAAAUAGAUGAAACUAAUUCUAAAUUAGAUGUCUUUCAAGUCAGAGAAGAUAAUAAAGAAAAUUUAGCGCCUGAAAGUGGAUUCAAAACUGAAUUACUAAAAAAAGUUCACAAAAUAGAUGAAAUUAAUUCUAAAUUAGACACAGGUAAUGAUUCAAAACAUGCAAAUGAAACUCAGAUAAAAGAUUUGAAUAAUAGAAAUAAAGAAAUAGAUAAAACUUGUCAUGAUAUAGUCCUAAUCGAAUCAAAUAUUCUUGAAACAGAAGUGAUUCAAAGGAAAAUACAAAAUGCAAUAGAAAACAUGGAUUCCGAAACGGAAUUUCUACCUUUGCUUAAAUAUCAUGGAAUUUUAAACAAAGGAAUAAUCUAUAGUUGUCAUAAUAAAGGAACUAGUGUUUGGCUGAGAAACAUUCUACCAGAUCAUAGUGUCAUAGACUAUAAAAGUGCCAUAAACAACCAUAAACUAAAAGUUAAAGCCAUCAGUUUUAAUAAAAACGCGAAAAAGUUCUUAGAAUUACUAGAAGUUUAUAAUCAGGGUAUAAAAAGUAGAAAUUGGAAGAUAAUUUCCGAGAAAUAUUAUAAAAAUAAUUUGUUAAUUGUACGUGUGGAAAUGGAUAGCAAUUCUUUCGAAUAUGUUUGUGAUAAUAAUUUUUCGUUAUUCGUAGGGUACGAUAUCGCACAGUUCACUAUAGGAUGCUAAAUUAUAGUUGUCGAAAAUAGAAAUCUUAAGUUCUGUAUGCUUAGUACGAGAUUUUAUAGAUCACCAAAACGCUGAUAGAAUUCGAGCUUUGAAAUCUUCACUUGAAAGGGCCCAGUUUAAGAAAUUAGUUACAGUAUGGACUAAUUUGUGAGUAACUCAUGUUAAACUCAUUAUUUUGACUAAUUUCUUAAACUGCACCCUUUCAAGU